AUGGCGAAAGCAAGGACUGUAUCAAAACACUCAAGGGCUGCCCGCCGGGCAGCGUCACCGAGUCUCGACCUCGACAAGUCCUUGACCUCCCUCGCUCGAGCCGAGAACACGCCAAUGCAACGCGAGUCCAUUCUUGCUGAUCGUGCCAAUGCUGGCGUGUCAAAGAAACAGUCAAAUCCAAAAUCCAAAUCACGGGCGCAACGCUUGCGGCAGCAGAAGGGCAUGGACAAGGCAGAGGCUAUUAUGGAUCAGUUAGAGAUCAAGGUGUCCAAGAGCGAAACCCGAGCGAAAACCAUCAAAUCUCGCAGUGCCGAGUGGAGCGACCUGAACGGAAAAGCGACCAAAUUUGACGCACUGGCUGAAGCAGGUAGUAAUGACGACGACGAUGCCAUGGCUGAUGCUUCCACAGCCACAGGGAACAAGCCCAAAUCACGCCAAGAACCUGCUACUCAAAACGUCGCGAUGGACGAGCAUGCUCCUGUUGAUGAGGACGACGAGAUUACCUGA